AUGGAGAAGCUUAUACCGCUUAUUAGUCGUUUACAUGGUAUAUUGUCAUGGACAGGUGAUAGUGCUAUUGAUCUUCCUGCAAUUGCAGUUAUUGGUGCGCAAUCUGUCGGUAAAUCAUCGGUACUUGAAGCAAUAGUAGGAUUUCCUUUCUUACCAAAAGGUUCUGGGAUAGUAACUCAACGUCCGUUGAUUAUGCGGCUCUGUCACGAUAAAAACUCGAAGGAUUAUGGAGAAUUUGCACACAAGAGAGGUGUAAUAUUCGAUGACUUUCAAAAAAUAAAGGAAGAAAUUAUCGCUGAAACAGAAAGGAUUACAGGCUCGACUAAAAAUGUUUCUUCUGUACCAAUAUUCCUAAAGAUUACAUCACCUAAAGUAAUAGAUCUUACCCUAAUAGAUUUACCUGGGAUAACAAAAGUGCCUGUAGGUGAUCAGACAAAUGAUAUUGAGAUGCAAAUACGACAAAUGAUUUUGGAAUAUAUCACUAAACCAACAUGCAUAAUAUUGGCAUUAUCUGCUGCCAAUACUGACAUAGCUACAUCAGACAGUUUGAAGAUGGCUAGAGAGGUUGACCCUUCUGGAUUAAGAACUAUUGGUGUAAUCACGAAGUGUGAUAUGUUGGACGACGGUGUUGACGCUCUCGAUCUUCUACAAGGAAAAAUAUAUAAAUUAAAGAAAGGAUAUGUUGGUGUUGUUUGUCGUGAGAAAGGAAGUGGUUCAUUAUCACAUAAUCAUGCUGAUGAAGAAAUGUUUUUCAAGAACCAUCCUUCAUAUUCUUCUAUUGCAAAGAAAUGUGGAAUAAGACAUCUAACCACACUGUUGAAUGAGAUGCUGUCUGCACAUAUAAAAGACAUGCUUCCAUAUGUUAAAUCUAGAAUUCUUACUAUAUUGCAUGACCAUGAAGGUGAACUAAAUGCAUAUGGGAUUAACGAUAUAGUUGAUGCACCUGGAGCGUGUUUAUUACAUUUUUUCACAAAGUUUUCUCAACGUUUCAAAGAUACGAUAGAUGGGAAGAUAGUCCCUAGACACCAUACUUCCAGACUAUAUGGCGGUGCAAGAAUAUAUUUUAUAUUUAACGAUAGUUUUUUGAGGACGUUAAACGCAUUUAGCCCGUUAUCGGGAUUAUCAGACAUUGAAAUAAGGACUGCUAUAAGGAAUUCAACAGGUCCGUAUUCUGCACUCUUUGUGCCAGAAAUUGCUUUUGAAAAUUUGGUAAAAAAACAAAUAAAGCUAUUGGAAUGCCCUUCAUUACAAUGUGUUGAUCAGGUUUAUGAAGAAUUGCAAAAUAUAUUGGAAAACUGUGAUGUGCCAGAAAUUAAUCGCUACAUGAACAUGCGUAAUAAAAUUUUAUCAGUAGUAAAAGAACUCUUAAAGCAAUGCCUGGAACCAACAAAAGACAUAAUACGAAAUAUUAUCAAGAUUGAACUGGCAUAUAUAAACACCAAUCAUCCGGAUUUCUUACGAAAUUCAGCUUUGGCAGAAAUAUACAAUGGUACUGGGAUGAAUCAGAAGAGUGACUAUAUAACAUCUUUCAAUGGAAAUGAUUCUUCGACUGGCAAUAUAAAUAAAUGUGAAAUUAAUGAACAAUCAGGAAUUGAAAAAUUGAAAUAUGAUAGCUCACCAAAGGUGUUUGCAAUGAAACAUGACGGAUUCUAUAAACCGUCCUUACAACAUCCUAGAAAUGACUUAUCGCCAAAAGCAAUCCUCCAGUCCAAUAAGGCUCUGAUGGAGAAAGUAAAUGAAAAUCACAAUACUAUAUGGCUCCCAAACAUACCCAAGGUAGUUAUGCUAAACAACGAUCCCUCUGAACGCGAAAUUGUGGAAACAGAAUUAAUAAAGACUUUAAUAAGUAGUUACUUUUCAAUAGUACGGAAGAAUGUAGCUGAUGCUGUACCGAAAUGUAUUAUGCAUUUUAUGGUAAACAAAGCCACAGAAUCUCUACAGCAAGAACUGAUUUCCAAAUUAUACAAACGUGAACUUUAUGAUGAAUUAAUGGCUGAAUCCAAACAUGUUAUUGAAAGACGCGAAAAAUGCCUGCACGUUGUCAAGUGUUUGAAGGAAGCUCUUGUUGAUAUUACUGAACUAUCAGAGUAUAAAAUUAUGGAAUAA